AUGCCCUCCUUCAUCCCUCAUCACUCCAAGCAACUACCCCUCAAAGCAAAACCCAAACAACGCUCAGCCACCCUCAUCUCUCUCGGCGGCUCAUCCACUGCUUCCUCUGCUGCCAACCCAGACGACGACUCAUCCUUCGAACUCGAAGAAAACUCAAUCACCACCACUAGCUCACCACCACCAACAACAACAACAACCAACAAGAACAACAACAGCAACAAUCCAACUACUCGUCGCUCACUCCAACUCUUAAACCCUUCUGCCUCCCCCUAUGUCUCGCUCACCCCAGGACUAGUCUCACCCGACAGGCACCAAAACCCUUCCCCACAUACUCGCCAAUUCCCAUCAAUCCCCACCACCAUCUCCCACUCACUCUCCAACUCUCAAUCAUCAUCAUCACAACAAGCCACCAGACCCAUCCCAACCGCUCAUCGACAAUCAUCAGCUCCUUCUCCACUCGGUCUCAGUACCAGUCAACACACCCUCAAAACCUUGGCCGGCGGUAGAUAUUACGACGAAAUACCAAACGACAUUCUUCACUCCUAG